CUCCUUCACCACCGCAAACCAAACCCUAGUGGCCAUCCCUUCUUCUCUGACUCUCUCUCCCCCCGUUCCCGUUUUCUUUUCUUCUGGUUCUUAUCCAUAAGAGCCAUUAGAUUGCUUCCUACAGACAAACUCUUUCUUCUUCCAUUGUUAGCAUCAUGUGUGGGAUACUCGCGGUUCUUGGAUGCUCCGAUGACUCUCAGUCGAAACGAGUUCGGGUGCUCGAACUCUCUCGCAGGCUGAAGCACAGAGGGCCUGACUGGAGUGGGAUCUAUCAACAUGGAGAUUUCUUUUUGGCCCACCAAAGGCUCGCCAUCAUUGAUCCUGCCUCUGGGGACCAACCACUCUUCAAUGAAGACAGGUCUAUCGUUGUCACGGUAAACGGGGAAAUAUACAACCAUGAGAGUUUGAGGGAAUCGUUGGGGAGUCAUCGAUUCAGAACAGGAAGUGAUUGUGAAGUAAUUGCACACUUGUAUGAGCAAAAUGGAGAAAACUUCGUUGAUAUGUUGGACGGAAUGUUCUCCUUUGUUCUGCUGGAUACCCGUGACAACAGCUUUCUUGUUGCUAGAGAUGCUAUUGGGAUCACUUCCCUUUAUAUUGGUUGGGGACUUGAUGGAUCACUGUGGGUUUCAUCCGAGAUGAAAGGGUUAAAUGAUGAUUGUGAACAUUUCGAGUGUUUUCCUCCUGGCCACUUGUACUCCAGCAAAGAAGGGGGCUUUCGAAGAUGGUACAAUCCACCAUGGUACUCCGAAGGCAUUCCCUCGACUCCUUAUGAUCCCCUGGCUCUAAGGAAGGCCUUCGAAAAUGCUGUGAUUAAAAGGCUAAUGACUGACGUACCAUUUGGAGUUCUGUUGUCUGGGGGCUUAGAUUCAUCCUUAGUUGCAGCUGUUACGGCUCGUUAUUUGUCUGGUACGAAAGCAGCCAAGCAGUGGGGAACACAACUACACUCAUUCUGUGUCGGCCUACAGGGCUCCCCUGAUCUGAAGGCUGCGAGGGAGGUUGCUGAUUAUCUGGGCACUGUUCACCAUGAGUUUCACUUUACAGUUCAGGAUGGAAUCGAUGCUAUUGAGGAUGUUAUCUAUCAUGUUGAAACAUAUGAUGUUACUACAAUCCGAGCUAGUACCCCCAUGUUUCUAAUGGCACGAAAAAUUAAAGCUCUUGGAGUAAAGAUGGUUAUUUCUGGUGAAGGAUCAGAUGAAAUAUUCGGUGGGUACUUGUACUUCCACAAGGCUCCUAACAAGGAAGAGUUCCAGCGUGAAACAUGCCACAAGAUCAAGGCUCUUCAUCAGUAUGACUGUCUAAGAGCAAACAAAUCAUCGUCUGCCUGGGGCUUGGAGGUUCGUGUACCAUUUCUGGAUAAGGAUUUCAUAAACGUGGCAAUGGAUAUUGAUCCAGAGUGGAAGAUGAUAAAGCCCGGACGCAUUGAAAAAUGGGUGCUGCGAAAAGCUUUCGAUGAUGAAGAGAAACCUUAUCUGCCUAAGCAUAUACUGUAUCGGCAGAAGGAACAGUUUAGUGAUGGUGUUGGUUACAAUUGGAUAGAUGGCUUGAAAGAUCAUGCUAAUGCACAUGUUAGUGACAAAAUGAUGGCAAAUGCAAAGUGCAUCUUCCCUCAUAAUACACCACUAACAAAAGAAGCUUACUACUACAGGAUGAUCUUCGAAAGGUUUUUCCCACAGAACUCGGCGAAAUUGACUGUGCCUGGAGGUCCAAGUGUGGCCUGUAGUACUGCUAAGGCCCUAGAGUGGGAUGCUGAGUGGUCAAACAAUCCUGAUCCAUCUGGAAGAGCUGCUUUAGGUGUCCAUGCGUCUGCAUACAAGCCACAGCUGCCAGGCAAUGGCUUUGUUGGAAAGCCCGAACCGUCAGUUAUCUUAAGCAAGAAGCCAAAUAUGGUAGAAGUGUAUGCCCCGAGCCUCACAAUCAGGAGCUAGUAUUACUAUUUACUUUAGGGGUUAAAAAUAAAAAUAGCAGCUGGAAAAAGUAGUUCAGAGUUACGUGUUGCAGUGUCUUUAUGCCGAUGAUAGUCAAAGCUCCUGUAGAUAAAAGAUAUGUAUUUAGAUGGAUGGUGGCCUUGAAUAAAAUGUUGGUGCUUCUUCUUGUUGGA